AUAGCAGACAAGAGCUAGGGAGCGGUUGCCGAGCCGGGCUCUGCCGCGGGCGGGCAGCUGUCGGCCGCGUACCGUCUGGGGGCUUGCGCGGGGGACUGCAGCUUUCCCCGGCCCGGAGCAGGUGUGCGGGGCCGGGAGGAGAGCCGGGGGGAGCGGGCCGGGCCCGGGGCUGCGGCUGCGGCCCCCCCCCCCCAGCCCCGCCAGCCCGAGCGCUCGGAGGUAGAGAGGAAAGGUCUGGACAGGGUGGCUGGACCAGUGGCAGAAUCCAGUGGCAGACUCUGGACUUGAGGGUUCUAGGCUGUGGUCUGUAGAAGCAAAGGACAGAAGGACUCAAAUCCAGGCCAACUGUAUGGCCGUCUGAGGUGUUGGAACAGAAGGAGGUCCAUUCCUGUUGGUGACAACACUGUGGCCCUGUUCUGGGAUGACCGAGGUAUAAAGGUUGCCCCCAAGAAAGUGCAGCGGAGUCUUUGCGUCUUGUGGCAGCUGACGUGCCCAGCCCUGAGUCCGUGGGAGCUGAAGGCAGCCCGGCCCCUUCUCAUGGGCAGCGCCCACCUGUGCUGAGGUCCUGCGGCCGUGGCAAUAAGAGGAGCUGUGCAAUCAGUUGUCCCUGAAAAUGUCUGACAGUCUGGAUAAUGAAGAGAAACCCCCGGCCCCACCGCUGAGAAUGAACAGUAACAACCGAGAUUCUUCGGCACUCAACCACAGUUCCAAACCACUUCCCAUGGCCCCUGAAGAGAAGAAUAAGAAAGCCAGGCUUCGCUCUAUCUUCCCAGGAGGAGGGGAUAAAACCAAUAAGAAGAAGGAGAAAGAACGCCCAGAGAUCUCUCUUCCUUCAGACUUUGAACAUACGAUUCAUGUGGGGUUUGACGCAGUCACCGGGGAGUUCACUGGAAUCCCUGAGCAGUGGGCACGGUUACUCCAAACCUCCAACAUAACAAAACUGGAACAGAAGAAGAACCCACAAGCUGUCCUGGAUGUUCUCAAAUUCUACGAUUCCAAAGAAACGGUCAACAACCAGAAAUACAUGAGCUUUACGUCAGGAGAUAAAAGCGCACAUGGAUACAUAGCAGCCCAUCCCUCGAGUACAAAAACAGCAUCAGAGCCUCCUUUGGCUCCACCUGUGUCUGAAGAAGAAGAGGAAGAAGAGGAAGAAGAAGAAGAUGACAAUGAGCCCCCCCCAGUUAUUGCACCAAGACCCGAGCAUACAAAAUCAAUCUACACUCGUUCUGUGCUGGAAUCCAUUGCUUCACCGGCAGCACCAAAUAAAGAGGUCACACCACCUUCUGCUGAGAAUGCCAACUCCAGCACUUUGUAUAGAAACACAGAUCGGCAAAGGAAAAAAUCCAAGAUGACGGACGAGGAGAUCCUAGAGAAGCUAAGAAGUAUUGUGAGUGUCGGUGACCCAAAGAAAAAAUACACAAGAUUUGAAAAAAUAGGCCAAGGGGCAUCAGGUACUGUUUACACAGCGCUAGACAUCGCCACAGGACAAGAGGUGGCCAUAAAGCAGAUGAACCUUCAACAGCAGCCCAAAAAGGAAUUAAUUAUUAAUGAAAUUCUGGUCAUGAGGGAAAAUAAGAACCCCAAUAUUGUUAAUUAUUUAGAUAGCUACUUAGUGGGUGAUGAACUAUGGGUGGUCAUGGAAUACUUGGCUGGUGGCUCUCUGACUGAUGUGGUCACAGAGACCUGUAUGGAUGAAGGCCAGAUAGCAGCUGUCUGCAGAGAGUGCCUCCAAGCUCUGGAUUUUUUGCACUCAAACCAAGUGAUCCAUAGAGACAUAAAGAGUGACAAUAUUCUUCUUGGGAUGGAUGGCUCUGUUAAAUUGACUGAUUUUGGGUUCUGCGCCCAGAUCACCCCCGAGCAAAGUAAACGGAGCACUAUGGUGGGAACUCCCUACUGGAUGGCGCCUGAGGUUGUAACUCGAAAAGCUUAUGGUCCGAAAGUUGAUAUCUGGUCUCUGGGGAUUAUGGCAAUCGAAAUGGUGGAAGGUGAACCCCCUUACCUUAAUGAAAAUCCACUCAGGGCAUUAUAUCUGAUAGCCACUAAUGGAACCCCAGAGCUCCAGAAUCCUGAGAGACUGUCAGCUGUGUUCCGUGACUUUUUAAAUCGUUGUCUUGAGAUGGAUGUGGACAGGCGAGGAUCUGCCAAGGAGCUUUUGCAGCAUCCGUUUUUAAAAUUAGCCAAGCCUCUCUCCAGCCUGACUCCUCUGAUUAUCGCCGCAAAAGAAGCGAUUAAGAACAGCAGCCGCUAGGACCGCAAGGCCCACCCUACACCGUCUCCCUCCUGAGUAAGACUGAACUGAGACGCUGCUGCAGAAAAGAUGGAAGAAAAGACAGUCAAAUGGGGGUGGGGGGCAAUCUUUAACUUUCAAAUGAAUAGAAACUUCUUAUAAGCCUUUUUUCCUACUCCCUCGGAUUAUGUAAUUUAUUUGUAAGCCUGAAUCGCAGCCCGACCAGGGCAGCAAUGUCGAAGUGGCCAUCAAGCGGUCACUUCUACCGUGAAGCGAAAGAGCCAGUAGUGAAUCCCCUCAUUUUGUGCAUUCACUUUGAAGAAAAAAAGGGUUUCUCAAAGAUGCACACUCCCUCUUCAUAGUGUCGUGUUCGUUUUUAAGUUAGAGAGUAGUCCCUCUUGCAUUCGAACCUCCUUCAAAACUCCUUACCCAAUGUGAUGUUUUUCACUUGCAUUGUCAUUAGAUGUCCAGG